AUGAGAAAACACAUUUCAUUGCACAUUUUUCUACCGAAAAUUCGAUUUGGACUGAGAAACGCUUUGAAGAUUCAGAAGAAUGGAGAAAAACUUUAUAAGUUGAUCAGCACUGCCGAGAAGAAAUAUGUCAAUAUUGCGCUUCCAAGAUUCAAUAUAAAUACGGAAACCGAUUUGGCGAGUUUUAUGAAAUCAAUAGGAAUCGAGAAAGAGUUAUAUGAUACCAUCUCAGAAAAAGUUUAUAGAAACAUUCCAUCUUUUGUUCACAAAUCUCAAUUUGAGCUGACCUAUCAGAAGUACAAUAUGGAGGAAAUACUAUACAAUGAUGACUAUGUAGUCGAUAGGGACUACACUGGAGUAGUCUAUGAUGGUGCUCCUUAUUGCGUCUAUUUCCAUGGUCCAAAACUCGAGUUUCUAGCUGACCAUCCAUUCUUAUUCAUACUUGUGAAGGAUUCUCAUGUGGUGUAUUUUGGUUGUUAUCAAUGA